AUGCCAUCUAUUUCGAAUAUAGAAAAUGCAGUCUCCGUCAGCCUCUGUGUUUUAGUAGUCGCCGGAGAGAAGAUUUGUGUUGCUCAUUCCCUUUUCCCGUUAGUAGUAAUGCUAUUAUGGAAAAGUAUUUUCAAAAUGCCGCUUACGGUGUGUCGAAGUGGCGAGAAGGUUCGUCGCUUCUCAAAAGCGGCGAAUAAUGGCGCGUUGUUUCGAGUCGUUCUUGACUAUGCGCAAGACUGCCCAUUCACUUGCGCGCUGCAGCUUUGCAUGGAAGGUUUGCAUAAUUAUGAUAUAUCUUGGACCAGUACAAUCGUAUUAACCGGCAUUUCUCUUCGAUUAAUUACCUCUCCAACACAAAUAUUUGCUGAAAAAUUGUUAGCUGAACGAAAAUUUGCUGCUCAUAGGUUAAGGCAUGAAAUUUUAAAGAAACUCGGUUCUUAUUAUCAACUUAAUGUUGUUCUUAACAAUGAUAAAACAAAUUAUCAGUUGAAUACCAGUGAUAUUCAGAUUAUCGAAAAAUCUGAAAAUUUGAUACGUGAAAGUACCCGAAAAUAUAUGAUGAAAAAUCGAUUACAACUGUCUCGAAUUUUUAAUUUAAGAGUUAUAGCUGUACCUCUCUGGAUAUUUUCUUCUUUCGCGCUCCGAAAUGUUGCAAAUUCCAAUGCCUUCGCUUUCAAUGGUACACUUUGGUUCGCGGAUCUUUUAUCACCUGAUCCAUUUUUCAUACUUCCUAUUACUUUAGGUAUUCUCGGAUUUUUUAAUUUAUGGAUUCAACGACGUCUUUUUCCAGUGCAUUCAAGAAAGAUGUCGAACAAAAUGCUUGAUGGAUUCAUAGCUUUUCUUACUCUUUCGAUGUGCGGUAUAAUGACUCAGUUUCCUGCUUAUCUUCCGCUUUACUGGCUUUCGUUCUCAAUAACAGGAACUUUCCAGUCGAUUGUUUUACAACAUCCAAAAAUUAAAAGCAUUCUGAGAAUUCGGAAGCUACCUGGUGAAUCAAGUUAUACUUUUAAGGAUUUAUUUAAAGUGAAAAUGUUUAGUACUUGA